UAAUACACUAAAUACAAAGUGCGUUUCACCAUGAACGACAGCUUAAAACAAGAAUAUUUUCCUUGUAUUUAAAAUAUAUAUAUAUCCCCAUGAUAAAAAAUUUAAUCUCCUCGUCAUCUCAAUAAUAUUCAACUCGUUAUUUUCUUAAUAAUUUUCAUCACUUCGUUAUCUUAAUAAUUUUCAUCUCCUUGUUAUCUUCUUAACAAUUUUUAUCUCCUUUUUAUCUUCUUUUUUUUCCAUCAGCUCCUAAAAAUGAAUUCACUAGUUGUUCUUUAUAAAAUACUUCGUAAAUUUCAUAGAGAAUUAAAGCGGGUAGAAAAGUUUUUCUUGUAUACAUAUAUUAUAGAUAUGGUCACAUAUUGUUUACUGUUCAUUGGCACUUUAAUCUUAACAGGAGAUUUCGAAGUUAAUUUAAUACAAUUUCCAAUAUUAUUUUUUCCUGUAUUAUCAGGAAUGAUUAUGUUCUAUGGUAAGACCGUUUACCACGGAUUAGCAUUCCUUGGUGUACAUUCGUUUCCUAUCUUUGGAGGAAUAGCUUAUUUUUACACUCAAUAUUUUAAUUGUAAAGACAAUACUAUCACAUGUAACGCAAAUAGUCCAAUCUUUUAUGCAGGUGUGGGUUUUUUAAUUGCACUUGUAGUUAUAUUUCAAUCGCUAUAUACAUUAUAUGUGUAUUUAUUAUGGAAGAAAAGUGUAUGGCCUUUAGUAUAUGAAUUUAAACAUUCCAGACAUGAUGAAAUUAAAGAAAUGCAUGCGAUCUAUGAAGUUCAAUUCCCACUGUUCCAUGCGCAGAUAAUGAUAAUUGGGCUAUGGAUAACUGCUUAUUUAAUAGGAAUAAUUGGUAUAGACAUAAUGGCACUAGCAAAAAGACGAAUUAGUAUUCGAAGAUUAUUUUUCAAUUAUCAAGUGCCAAUCAACGUAAUAUUUCUUUAUUACUCGUUUUUUAUGCUCAAAGGUGUAAGUACAUUAUUUUCUUUUUGUUCUGUAAUAUAAUGUAAUUAUACUAAACAAAUUUGCAUUUAUACAUAUACCAAAUAUAUUUAGGUGAGGGAUGAGAAGCACUACUUAAUGUUUAUUGUUUACAUCGGA